AUGUCUAAAGACGAUAAAGCAAGCGCUGCAGCUGCACAGCUCUUGAUUGAUGACGAACCUGAUGACUGGGACAAGAGAAUCUUCAGCACCGGCUGCGCAGAUGAAAACACCAAAUUGACCGAUUGCUACUACGAGAAGAAGGACUGGCGCGCGUGCAAGCAGGAGAUGGAGACGUUCCGACAGUGCUGGCAGAGACAUGGCAAUGAUAAGCGGACAGACUCGAAGAAUGUUUAA